GAAAUGAUGCUUUGAUUUAUUAAAUUGAUUUAAAGUUGUCCAAUUCAAAUAAUAAAUUUUUGCGCUCUUACAACAUUAAAUGUGGUCAUGAGAAUUGAAAUGUCGGACUCACGAUAUUUGCGCCAAGAUUGAAACGGACUACGAUACUUGUUGCACAUUAUUUCGUCAAAUAAAGAAAAUCACGUAAGGACUACUGGACUAAGGUAUGGGUGACAUUCCUCAACCAGAUCCUCCAGUGGUAGGUAAAGUGACCCAUAAUAGCAUUGAGCUAUAUUGGGAUGAAAAAAAUGAUGAAAAACCCAUGCACGGAAAGACACAUUAUUGCGUUCAAGAAGAGGAAGUGAAUAUGAGAAGCACUGGUUUUGGAAAUGUUUAUAGUGGUUAUGCCAAGAAACAUGUUUUUGAAGGUCUAGAGCCUCAGACACGGUACAGGUAUCGACUCAGAAAAAGUGAUAAUUAUGGUGAAAGUGCUUGGAGUGUGAUUAUCACAGUCAGAACCACAAAAAAACCUAAAACCAGUGAGGACCUUGUCAAAGCUGUGAAUCACAAAGACUUAGAAAGAGUACAUGCUAUCCUACAAGAACUUAAUCAAAGUGUGGUGGACUCGCCAGAUAAAUUUGGAUUAUCUCCACUGAUGAUUGCAGCACAACAAGGCUCCAUUGAAAUCAUAAAGAAACUAAUCAACUAUGGUGCUGACGUCAGAUUUCAGAACUCCAGUGGCAAAGAUUCAUUGAUGCUGGCAUGUUUCACAGGACAACUUGACGUAGUAAAGAUGCUUGUUAAACAUGGUGCCUCUUGGGAAACUCAAGAUUAUACUGGAUCAACCUGCUUACAUUGGGCAGUUGAUGGUGGUAACAUCGAGGUUGUACGAUGGCUGUUGAAUAAAGGAUGUGCUGUUGAUGUUAAAGAUUAUACAUCAGGAUGGACUCCACUUAUGAGACUGGCGAUGGUGGGUGGAAACAUCCAUAUUGCUCGCUUGCUAAUACGACACGGUGCCAACAUAUCAAGUAUAGACAAGGACGGCAAAUCCGUUCUUAUGAUGGCAGCGUUGAAUGGUCAACUCGAGUUGGUUAAGUUAGUCAUCUACAAAGGGGCUGAUCACACAUUAGCAACGGUGCACGGUAAAACAGCUUUAGAUUUUGCCAAAGCUUUCGACAGAGUAGAAGUUGUAGAAUAUUUGGAUAAACUCUGGCAUGCUUAUAAAGAAAGAGAACGCAAGAAGCAAAUCGAUAGUUGGCAAGAAAAUGAAAAGUAUGCAGAAACUGUGAACUUAUUGAAAGCAGCUCGCAGUAUUGCAAGUGCUGUUGAUGUUACGGAUCGUUCAUGGUGCAUCAAAAUGACUUCCAACAUUUCGAUGCCAUCAAAAAUAUUCAAUGCAGAAAAUAUAGACAGUGAUAAAAUAUCUUUACGAUAUCUUGGAGAAAUGGUCAACUGUAACAUGAGAAUUAACAGCAUAGGAGCAAUGGAAAGUGUUCCUUUCAAUGUGUUGAUACCAACAGUCAUAUCUUUGAUCGAAGAUAUGUAUCGACUCAGAAAAAGUGAUAAUUAUGGUGAAAGUGCUUGGAGUGUGAUUAUCACAGUCAGAACCACAAAAAAACCUAAAACCAGUGAAGACUUUGUCAAAGCUGUGAAUCACAAAGACUUAGAAAGAGUACAUGCUAUCCUACAAGAACUUAAUCAAAGUGUGGUGGACUCGCCAGAUAAAUUUGGAUUAUCUCCACUGAUGAUUGCAGCAAAACAAGGCUCCAUCGAAAUCAUGAAGAAACUAAUCAACUAUGAUGCUGACGUCAGAUUUCAGAACUCCAGUGGCAAAGAUUCAUUGAUGCUGGCAUGUUUCACAGGACAACUUGACGUAGUAAAGAUGCUUGUAGCACAUGGUGCCUCUUGGGAAACUCAAGAUUAUACUGGAUCAACCUGCUUACGUUGGGCAGUUGAUGUUGGUAACAUCGAGGUUGUACGAUGGCUGUUGAAUAAAGGAUGUGCUGUUGAUGUUAAAGAUUAUACAUCAGGAUGGACUGCACUUAUGAGACUGGCGAUGGUGGGUGGAAACAUCCAUAUUGCUCGCUUGCUAAUACGACACGGUGCUAACAUAUCAAGUAUAGACAAGGACGGCAAAUCCGUUCUUAUGAUGGCAGCGUUGAAUGGUCAACUUGAGUUGGUUAAGUUAGUCAUCUACAAAGGGGCUGAUCACACAUUAGCAACGGUGCACGGUAAAACAGCUUUAGAUUUUGCCAAAGCUUUCGACAGAGUAGAAGUUGUAGAAUAUUUGGAUAAACUCUGGCAUGCUUAUAAAGAGAGAGAACGCAAGAAGCAAAACGAUAGUUGGCAAGAAAAUGAAAAGUAUGCAGAAACUGUGAACUUAUUGAAAGCAGCUCGCAGUAUUGCAAGUGCUGUUGAUGUUACGGAGUAAUUUGUUAUGAACAAAAAGGUUUAAUUCGCUACAUGUUACAUUUUCAAGGCUUUAAAAUAGUUAGGCAUGAAUUUUUAUGUCAACAAGAUUUUCUAAUGGCUUAUGCAAAAAUUAAAAUGUGUAUAUACAUUAAUAGUGUUUAUCGUGAUUGUAAUGUGUAAUCAGUAAAGUUUUCAUGUCUUCCAA